AUGACACGAAAAACGAAUGGUGAACGGCAAACAAUAUCACUGAAGACAUUUAUUGACCAUGCACAUCGUCCACAAAAUCGAGUUCCAUUUAAAGUCACCGAUAUUGAAUCUGAAUUCUGGAAAAUGAUCGAUUCGUGUCAUAUUAUAAAGCGUCCCAUUCAUUAUGCUAAUAAUAUUAAUUGCAGUCUUUUUCUACGAUCGGAAACAAUCUUCAAUCUCAAUGAUAUAUCAUUCAAAUCUCUUCUUUCUCUAACUACACAACGUAUUACAGGUAUUACAUCACCAUUUCUCCAUAUUGGAAUGUUUGGUUCAAUGUUUGCUUUACAUACUGCAGAAAAUGAUCUCUUUUCAAUGAAUUAUAUGCAUGAAGGAUCAUCUAAAUUCUGGUAUUUUAUACCAUCUUCAUAUGCGAAUCAACUGGAACAAUGUCUUCAACACGCUGAUAUCCUUGAUACGUCUCAUUGUCAGGCAUCUUUGCGACAUAAAGAUCUCUUUCUAAAUCCAAAUGAACUAUUUCAAUUAUAUAAAAUUCCAGUUUAUAAAACUGAACAACAUCCUAAUGAAAUUAUUGUCACUUUUCCUCGAGUUUAUCAUUGGGGUUUCAGUGGAGGCUUUAAUGUAACUGAAUCAGUCAACUUUGCACUACCCUCAUGGGUACCUUUCGGUCAACUUACUUCAUCGUGUACAUGUCAAGAACGAGAUAGUUUUGUUAAAAUUGAUAUGAAACCUUUCCAUGAAUUAAACAUUCAAAACUAUAUAGAUACUCAUUUAAACAAUUUAUUUCUUCAAUUGGAUAAUAACUUGCUAACAUCGUCUACUGAACAAUCAAUGAUCGAUUCAGGUAUCAAUCUUUCUUUAGAACAAAUAGCAACGACAAUAACUACUAAUCUUUUUUCUCAAGAAUUUGAUGCUUUUAUCAGUGGCAAUUUGUUUGAUUUCUAUUCUGCAUCAGACACAUAUCUAACUCAUCCGUCAUCAUGUACAGCUAAUAUUCAACAAUCAUUACCAUCAUCGUUAAGAACAUCUUCAAUGUCAUCAGAAGAACUGCUACUAGUUGGUUGUUCUACUACUCCUCCAGAAAGCAAUAAUCUGAUAGAAGGAGAAGACGAAAUAGCUGCUAAGACCGCAUGUAUUCGUCGGAAAUGGAUUGAAGAUAAGGACACAUUGAUGUCUCAACUUAUUGCCGAUGUCAACAAACCUCAAAUAAGUAGUAUUCAUCAAUGGGAACUGUUAAUCAAUAGUGAUGACAUCGAUUUAAAUGAUUAUUUACCAGAAAAUAUACGGCAUUCUGUUGAUCACAGAAAGAAGACGAUUGAAUCGUUUGCUGAUUGGACUGUUGCAUUUACUUACUUUAGUAAAGCAAUCAUUUAUCUAUUCAAACAUCGAGAAUCUGAACUUGACGCUCAUUUCGAAUGUAUAUCUAAUCUCUACAGAGAAGGAUCUCCUCCAAUUAAGCUUAUGUUAGCUUAUGAAGCGGAUAUUCGUCAUCAUGUGGCAAUAAUGCCUCAUCUAAGUUUAUUUGCUGAUUUUUCGUUUCUCGCAAACAAACAUUUGACAAAGAGCAACUCAACAACUACUGUCGAAAAGAUACGUGACCAUCAAGAAAUCUGUGUCAAUUAUAACAGUCAGUGGAAGAUAUGUAAAAUGAGAAAGUGUCCAAGACUUCAUAUUUGUUCGAUCUGUUUUGAUUUGAAGAAAGCUCAAAUGAAACAUUCUGCAUCCGUUUGUCAUACUGCUCGGAAAAAACGUAAGCGAAAAUACCUAAAAUAGUUAAAGGUGUUCUUCGUAUCGUUUAUUGACAGUUUUCAAUUAUGUGUCCCAUGUAUCUAUUACUAAUAAUUUCUCAUGACAAGCACAACUAUUGACUAUAUCCUUACAUAAAAUCUUUUGUUUGAUGUUGUGACAAGUCUAGUUUUAUAUUAACAAUUGUGCAAAUAUAAUCAGACUCAGUAAGUAAAAAGGUUAG